AUGGGUGAAACUGAAGUCGUGUUGUCGUUUUUUGACUGUUUGGUGUCGGUGUCCAGCACCCCUGAGAUCAGCAACCCGUCAUUGGUUCCUGUUGCACUCCACCCCUGUCAGAUAACACGUGUUAGACCAGGUGGCAAGAUUCACUUUAACUCUAAACUAAAAGAGGGUCCUUUGAGAGCAGUCAGGAAAAUGGAGUUUUCAAUCGACUCAGAGAAACGGCAGCUGAUAGAAGCUCAGCUGGAGCCUCUUAAAUGGUUUGUUCUCAUUUUUAUCCCUUCAUUAUUUCUGUAUGUCUGCACUGUGGGCUCUCUGUCACUCUGUCUUCUCAGGACGAGUUCUCCAGGUGAAAACUACUCUGACUCUGCAUCGUCAGAGUUCAGUGAUGAUGUGUCCAGCGUGGACGGCCUGUGGCAGCCUGAACGUUUAUGCCGAGAGACAGAAAUGAUAUCAGGAGCCGAGGGCGAUGUGAGACGCUCGGCUAGACGCAAACUCUUAAUCGCCUGCAUCGUCAGCCUCGUCUUUAUGAUUGGAGAGGUGAUUGGUGAGAGGACAGAGCUUUGUCAUAACUAGUUUACCUUUGACAUACCUGAUGUUUGACGGCCUUGAUGAAUGAUGGAGAACAGUGGUAUCCUGAACGUCACUUUGUUUUGGUCUCUGAGAAAGAAAAAAGAUCUAUACAGAGGUGUAAAGACAACAGUGCUUUGACUAAUGUGAACAAAGGACCUGUAAAUGCAUCACAAAAAUGCGCCAAAAUAUGUUGAGUUUAUGUGUUGGUGUAUAUGUGAGCUGAUAAGUAUGAAGAAUUUCCAGUACAGAAACGCUGAAGGGAUUUUUGAUUAAGAAACACUGCCACAGCUACAAAGUUUGUCCACUGGGGAGCACCAACAAGUUUACCAUGUUGAAAACCCGUCCUAAAAAAUUAAUAUAGGGAUUCAUAUCAAGAUUGAUUCAAAAUGCCUUAAAAGAAUUCAAAAUGUUAAUAUAAUGCAAAAAUUCUUAAUAUCUUUCAGUUUUUCUACAUACUGAAAAAAAUCUGAUUCAAUGAGAAAUACCUUCAUAUCUGAGUUGUAUGAAAAGAAAAACCUUGUCUGGGUUGUCAUAACUCCCUUGUGCCCUUUUUACCAUUUGGCAACCUCUCUAUAACAACAACAAUAAUAAUAAUAAUAAUAAUAAAUGUAUUUGUAUAGCACUUUUUAAAAAACAGAUGUUUACAAAGUGCUUUGACAUGUAGUCAUAGAGCAUAUGGAAAAAGACAAAUAAAAACAAAAAGCUUGAAGGCCAUUUUCAUGUCAUAAGGAACCCAGACAGUACAAGACCAUGAGGACCAAAAUAAAAACAUGAAAUAGUGAAGACAAAAGGAAAAUGUAAUCAAAAGGGAGGACGAAAGUGGAAACAGGAUAGUAAAUAUAAAAGGCAAUACCAACGAUGAUAAUAAAAUAAUAACAGGUAAUACUGAUAAUAAAAGUAAUGAUAAAAUAGAGCAAUAGAAAUGAGCAAUAGAUAAAACAAUAAAAGGCCUAAAGGGUUAAAUAAGUAUAACAAAAGCUAAAAAGUCAGUAAAGCCAAAAUUAGAUAGAGGUAAAAGAGAUCAAAGAUGAAAGAUAAAAGGUGGCAUCACGUUAAAGAAAGUGAGUUUUUAAAUUUGACUUCAACGAAGUGACUUUCUCUCUCACUCACGUGUGUAUUUUCCUCCUCUGCACAGGUGGAUACGCUGCCCACAGUCUGGCCAUCAUGACAGAUGCAGCGCAUCUUCUGACUGACUUUGGCAGCAUCGUGGUCAGCCUCUUCUCUCUGUGGAUCUCAUCCAGGCCACAAACACACACCAUGACGUUCGGCUGGCAUCGAGCAGGUGCUGAUGAAGUAAUUAAAUACAGUUUUAUUAAUAAACUAUCUGAAUCAAUACUUACGGCGGCCGAGAACCGCCAAUGUUGCAAAUAAAAAAUAAAACAAAGAAGGAAAAAGAGAAGCCACAACAGAAGUUACCGAUGCAAAAAAAAAACGAAGCCUACUGUAAAUAAUAAAAAGAAACAGAUUUUUUUUAAAGCCACAACAGAAGUUAAUGACGCAAAAAAAGUGACGAUGCAAAAAAAUAGACAAAUUUAAAGUACUUACUGGGAAAAAAAAAGGAUGCAAAUAAAAAAAAGCCACAACGGAAGUGAGCUGCCGAGGAGGGAUCUGUGUACUUACUUCUAUGAGUAAAGCUCCUGAACUCGAUUCUCCUCUCGUGGGUGGUCUUUCCGGGCGUAGUGGGUUUCCUGUGUUAGCCAGAGCUAACACCACACCGGCAUCCUCCAGUUCAACUCAAUAUCAACUCAGGAGCUACCUGGCUUAACCAAAUGACAUGCUGAAAAAGCACACAAAGUGAAAUUAAACAAUAACCUUUCCAUUUACUUCUUUGCUCGUCUUCUCGCCGUCGUCAUCUGUGCCUGGAUCGUAAAACACCGGUGCAUCACCAUUAUCGGUCCCUGGCAGCUCACUUCUGUAGUGGCUUUUUUCAUUUGCAUCCUUUUGUUUUUGCAGUAAGUAACUUUUUUUUUUGCAUCGCCACUUUUUUUGUGUCGUUAACUUCAGUUGUGGAUUUUUUCCUUUUUUUAUUUGCAGCGGGCUUCUGUUUCGUUUUUUUCUCUUUUUUUUGCAUCACUAACUUCUGUUGUGGCUUCUUUUUUUUUUUUACAUUCUUUUUUAUUUGCAGCAGUUGCAGCUCUCAGUCACCGUAAAUACUGAAUUCAUGAGUUCAUUAAAUACAGGAGAUAAAAGGUUAAAUUUAAAUAAAGCUCUCAUGUUUCGAGUCGAGUAAAAAGCGCCCCUCUCAAUGUAUCUAAAUCACUCACAUAAGUGGUGAAGUUUGUUCUGACUCUCAGAGAUUCUCGGCAUGCUGCUCUCUGUUGGGUCCAUCUGGGUGGUGACAGCACUGCUGGUCAUAUCAGCCGUACACAGGAUCACUGAGGGGGACUACGACAUCGACAGUCAGAUCAUGCUCAUAACUUCAGGAUGUGCCGUGGUGGUCAACAUGCUGUGAGUGGCACCAACAUGAGGACUUUUCUAGCUAAAUUGAAACAGUAAUCUAACUGUAUUUUUCUCUUUUUUUUUUUUUUUUGUAAGGAUGAUUUUGAUUCUCCAUCAGUCUGGGGCCUCACAUGGACACAGUCACAGCUUUUCCACCAGCCAGCAGCAGAAGGACAAACAGAGCCACAGCCACCAGCGUCAUUCACAUCACAACGCCAGCGUGAAGGCCGCUUUCAUACAUGUGGUGGGAGAUCUGUUGCAAAGCGUGGGGGUCCUGGUGGCUGCCACCAUCAUCCACUUCAGGGUCAGUAUCAGCUGAAAUACUUAUGAGGUGUGGCACUUUGCUUUUGUUUUUGCUUCAGUUCAGGAACAGGAUGAUCAGUCCUCCCUGUGAAAAAAAAGAUCAAUUUAUUGAUAAAUUCAGCUUCAUUUUUAUGGCACUUUUCAGACAAAACAGGUAGCUCAAAGUGCUGCACAGAGGCUAAAAGCAACAUUUAACAACAAUAAAACUUGACCCACACAUGCAAAAAAGACACACACCGACCCUCACUCAUCCACACUCACCCACACAAGUGCACACAGUGUGAGAAUUUAAGAUACAUGGCCUGACACCGAGACAUUACGUGAGGAAAGAGCUACUUUUGGGAAACACUGGAGAUAAAAGAUAAAAAAAUAAAAUAAAAUGUUAAAAAGAAAGACUAAAACCUGAUGGAUUAAAACAAGAAAAUAAUAUUAAAUGAACAGAUAAUUAAGAGCUCUUGUAAAAGGGGUAAAAGAAGUAAAAACCUCUAAGACAGGAUUUAAGAAAAAGACUAAGAACAGAGAUAAUUAAUAAAAUGACGUGAAAUAAAUAUGAAGAACUUUGAUUAAAACGAACAUUUGCAAUAAGAGAAAUAUAAAAAGGCAAUAAGUGAAAAGCCUGAUUAAAAAGGUGAGUCUUGAGCCUCUUCUUAAAAACAUCAACAGUCUCUGCGGCCCUGAGGAUAAAGACAAAGUGCAGACUCCAGAAAACCAUCAAGCUUCUUUAACUGUGUUUUUAUCAUAACCCUUUUUACCUGCAGCCUGAAUACAAAGUGGCAGACCCAAUUUGCACAUUCCUGUUCUCAGUUCUUGCACUUGGAACAACUCUUCCAGUCACAAAGGAUAUUAUCAGGAUACUGAUGGAGGGUAAAUACACCACAGCCAUGCCUGAGUCCACACUAUUGUUUUAAUCACUGUGGUUCUUUGUUUGAUGACACUGACAUGGUCUGUCUUUGUCUGUAGGCGCUCCUCAUCACAUACAAUCCAGCUCUGUGAAAAAUCUGCUGCUGUCUGUCAGAGGAGUGGUGGACGUGCAUAGUUUGCACGUGUGGAGCCUCAACAUGAACCAGUCUUUACUUUCUGUCCACGUGACCACAGGUAUGAUCAACACUAUCUGUUCUCAUCACACACACACACACACACACACACAAACACAAACACAGUGUGCAAGUGUGUAGAAAAGCAUGUAAAUAGCAAAUAAUGGAGUGUAGGAAAAGUACAGAGCACAGAUUCAGCGUACCUUGCUCUGACAACCUGCCAGCGAUAGGCUACAUAAUCAACAAAUGCCUAUUUAAUUUGAGUGAAUCAAAAACGGGUUAAAUCCUUCCGCCAAAAGUAGUCCCCCACACCGACUUUAACUCUUUACUGAUAUAAGAGUAAUUGUAGGGGGAUGUGGGGUAAGUUGAGCCACUCCCUGCUGCUUGGAAAUGGUAAAAGUAAUUGAUCAUGUGACCAAAUAUUUAGGAGCUGUGCAUCAAUUCAUGGAGUCUGUGAAGGUUAGAAGCACAUGGGUGAAGGGGUUAGACAUUUAUUUACAAAAAAAGAAAAAAACAUUUUUUACUCUUGAAAGUGAAUUUAGUCUGUCAUAAGUUUUAUAAGAAUUGUGUUCAAACCAAAAAAGAUCAUUUUAAUUAUUUUAAAUUAGUUUUUUACAUCAAUUGUGGUAUCUGUGAGCUACAACAUGAGGUCAAAAAUCUAACAUAACAGUCCACCAUUUUAGUUUAGAGGACUAAUAAAGUCAAAAUAGUAGUUCAGGGGUAAGUUGAGCCAGUGACUUAACUGAGAAAGUGAAGGAGUCUGAUAAGAGGAUCAGAGUUUCAGUUCAGAUUGUUGAAAUGUGUUACUUUCUCUUUUCAAAAAUACAGCUGUGAAUGUUCUGAAUCACUCAAAGACAUUCUCAUGUUAAAAUGACUUUUUACAAAACAGCUUUUUAGCAGUUAUAUGCAAUAAUAAUAUUAAAAAGAAUGAUUGUACCAGUUUUAUAAUAGAUAAAAAUACACAUGAAUGUGAAGAAGUGACUGUUUCUGUAGGGGUAUGGCUCAACUUACCCCAUACUCAGGGUGAGUUGACCAUAGGAGACCACUUUUUUUUGGCAUGCUAUAUUAUCAAGACAGUUAUGUUUACACUCAUUCUGUUGGUUUGCAGGGAUACACAACAUCUUGAAAUAUAUGCAGAUACACUAGUUGGAGACAAAACUAUGAUUGCCUUGAUGUAGGGAUCCGAAAUAUGAAAAAUGGCUCAUCUUACCCCACUCUCCCCUACUUGGUGUUUCAUUGUCAUCAUGGUUUCCCUUUUAUAUUGUACUCUUAUUUCAUCAGAGUUAUACUCAACACAGCCAAAAUCUAGAAUCAAGUCCUACUUGAAAACAAGAACAUAUGAAAAAAAUGUUCAGAUUAAAAACAGUUUCUGAUGAAAUCUUCAGAAUGUUCACAAACGUUUCUAAAGUUGGUGUGUUGCUGUGUUUGUGUCCUCAGAUGAAAAUGCUGAUGCACAGAUGGUCCUCUUGAGGGCGACAAAGCUCCUGCGCUCCGAGUUUGGAUUCUCCAGCGUUACAAUCCAAGUGGAGCGUUAAACUGCUCCUCUGGUUGCUCCUGAAACUUUACUGUUUACAUCUGUGUGUGACUCCUUUAAUGUCUGUUGGAUUGAAUCUAUACACAGCUCUGCAGUCCUCUUUUAGUGCUUCUGUUUUUAGUUCCCACUUCCACAUUGAUUCAUGAAUAUUUCCUGUUGAGGGUAAAGCUACUCAUCUUAUAUUUGUACAGUAUGUUUUUGAGCUGUGUUUACAUCUCAUUAAUGCUGUUUUGAAUUGAAAUUUGCCUCUUCUUCAGCUUUAUUUAGAAAAACAUGGCAAUUGACUGUAUUUUUAUUUAUGUGGUAGGGCAUUUCAGCAGCUCUGUUACCAUAUUUAUGUUAAGGUUCUCAGGUUACAUCCUUGUUUGCGUCAUACUUUAAGGUUUAUGUCCCUUUGGACAAAUGUGUCUGCUAAAUGACUCUGUAACACUGUGACAUUGUGUUCAGUCAAACAUUUCUUAAUUAAUUGUACAUUUGAUACCUUGCAGAAAUACUUCUGACCAAAACAACUUCUUAGCUCACUGGAGAAAAUGCAAAAACCUACAAAAAAAAUCCACCAAAAUCAAUGACUGGAAUUAAACUUGAAGACAUUUGAAGUAGAA